AUGUUCGACGAGUCGAAUGAGCUGGUAAAAUCAUUUAGGGCAGCUAGGGACCUUUUGGGAGGAAGCCAAGUCCAGCCUUUACGCCUUAGGCUCCUGCACGAUAGGUCAAAAGAAGCACCUCAGUAUAGUGCACCAGCAGGAUCUGAGAUAGCUGGUUUAAUAGUAGGGGAUUUCUCCGAAGAUAAGAAGAGUCCUGAUGUAAUCAUUCAGGAUAGAGGUGGUGGGCUUAGAAGAAUCAGUAAUCUUCAUGCAAACUAUAUGGCCUUACAGUACCCAAUCUUGUUCCCUUAUGGGGAGCAAGGGUUCAAGUUAGGAAUUAAAUAUAACCGUUCAGGAACUUUGCGUGUUGGAGUUAGGGGUGAGGUAACCAUGCUUGAAUAUUAUGCUUUCCGAUUACAGCAACGUAGAUGUGAGGCAACAACGCUGAUACGCGGUGACCGGCUAUUUCAGCAGUACAUUGUCGAUGCUUAUGCAUCUGUAGAGGAGAACAGGCUUAGAUACAUUGUAAAAAAUAACAAAAAUCUAAGGUCUGAGGUGUACAAGGGUAUUGAGGAUGCUCUGCUUAAGGGUGAUGUGGAUGGAAACAAUGUUGGGAAAAAGGUUAUUUUACCUGCUAGCUUCACUUGGAGUAAAAGAUACAUGAUACAGAACUAUCAGGAUGCAAUGGCAAUCUGUCGAUUUUAUGGGCCCCCAGACCUGUUUAUUACUUUUACCUGCAAUCCAAAGUGGCAGGAAAUAGCUGACGCUCUUGCAUUUAUUCCAGGGCAGAGUCCUGACGCUAGACCUGACAUAGUUAGCCGAGUCUUCAAAUUAAAGGUCGACGAGCUUGUUUCUGAGUUGAAGAAAGGCACUUACUUUGGGAAGGCACAAGCAGUGCUCUACACUGUGGAAUUUCAGAAGCGCGGCCUGCCUCACGUCCAUAUUUUGGUUUGGCUUGAAGGUAAUACAAAGGACCCUCGCCCCUCUUUUAUUGACUCAAUAAUAUCUGCAGAGAUACCGGAUAAAUCAGUUGAUCCUUUGGGUUAUAGUAUUGUCGAUGAAUUUAUGGUGCAUGGCCCUUGUGGCGAGCUUAACAAAAAAUGUGCGUGCAUGAAAAACAAUAGGUGCUCAAAAUUCUUCCCUAAGGGUUACGAAGCAAGCACAAUAGUAGGUGAGGAUGGUUUCGUGCAGUACAGGCGCGGGCCUGAGGCUGCAAAUUUCGUUGAGCGAUAUGGAAUCAGGCUUGAUAAUGGGUGGGUUGUCCCCUAUAAUUUGGCAUUAUUGAAACGGUUUAGGGCCCAUAUAAAUGUGGAGUGGUGCAAUAAAACCCAUCUAAUCAAAUACCUGUUUAAGUAUAUUACAAAGGGUCCAGACCGUGCUAGGGCUGUCAUCGAGACCUUUGGAGCUGGUGCGCCCUGUAGUGAUUCCCAUGGUGAAGCCAUUAGCAGCCUUGGUGACCAGCCAGUAAAUGCGCAGAAGCACCCUGAUGAUGUUGACGAGGUCCGGGAAUACAUUGAUUGUCGCUAUUUAUCCUCCCACGAGGCUAUCUGGCGUAUGUUCGAAUUUGAUAUCCACUUUAGGACGCCAGCAGUGGAAAGGUUAGCUGUGCAUCUUCCCUUGAUGAAUAGUAUUGUGUACCCAGCUGACCAGCCAUUGGCCAAUAUUGUAGAUGACCCUCGUUACAUGCAGACAACAUUAACAGAGUGGUUUACUGCUAAUACGAUUUCCCCAGCUGCUCGAGAGUUAACAUACAUAGAAUUCCCAACAAAAUGGGUUUGGAAUAGAAAGGCUAAGGCAUGGCAUUCACGUAAGGGAUCUAGAAAGAUCGGCAGGGCUAUAUAUAUCAAUCCUAGCUGUGGUGAGCUCUACUACCUCCGUAUGCUUCUGAAUGUUGCCAAGGGUGCUACAUCGUAUGAGGACCUUCGUACAGUUAGUGGUGUCCUGCACCCAACGUUUAAGGAUGUGUGUCAAGCUGCUGGACUUCUUGGUGACGACAAUGAGUGGCGUGAAUGUCUCAAGGAAGCAUCUGUUUGGGGUACAGCUUCUCAAAUGCGCCAGUUGCUUGUUACUAUAAUACUUUUUUGCUCUGUUUGUGAUGCACUUUCUUUAUUUUCUGAGUUCUAUAUGUACUUCACUGAUGAUAUACACCAUAAAAUUAGAAAGAUGGUAGGCCUGCCUCGUUAUAAAGUGCCAGAAGAACAUCUGAGAAAUCAUGACCUACUUGAACUCGAUAGAUUGUUUGUCAAGAAUGGUGCCUCAAUGACUGAUUAUGGCCUACCAAAUCCUGAUCCAACCCUUUGUAGCAAGGUGAAAAAUAGAUUGAUGGCUGAGGAAUUAGCUUACGACAGUGAAAUGCUCUUGCAUGUGCAUGAAACUCUCAUUAAUCAAUUAAACUCUGAACAGAGGCAUAUAUAUGAUGUUGUCAUACAGUCAGUUUAUGGGAAAACUGGUCGGUGCUUUUUUGUAUAUGGGUAUGGUGGAACUGGGAAGACAUUUCUUUGGAAUGCAAUCAUUUCACGCUUGCGAUCGGAGAAACACAUUGUUCUUGCUGUAGCUUCAUCAGGGGUUGCUGCGCUCUUGCUCCCUGGAGGCCGUACUGCGCAUUCUCGAUUUAAAAUUCCUAUUGUUAUUGAUGAGUCGUCGAUGUGCGAUAUUAAAAGGGGUACUUUCCUUGCUGAUUUAGUAGUGCAGAGUUCUCUGAUAAUAUGGGAUGAGGCUCCUAUGACUCACCGCCAUUGUUUUGAGUCGUUGGAUCGUAGUAUGCGUGACAUUCUUGGUCAAUUGGACUCCUCAAAUUCUGACCGGAUGUUUGGUGGGAAGACAAUGUUACUUGGUGGAGAUUUCCGGCAAGUGCUGCCCGUAGUUGAGGGUGGUAAUAGGCUAGACACAAUUGAUGCAUCAAUCACCAACUCUUAUUUGUGGGACCAUGUUAAGAUACUAAAACUUACAACCAACAUGCGCAUACUUGGGAUGGGGAGGAGUGGUUUAGCAGCUAAGGAGGUGAAAGACUUCAGUGACUGGGUAUUGAGUGUUGGUGAUGGUACUGCAAAAGGUACCGCUGAGAUUGAUGACGGGGACUCGGAGCUGAUUGAGAUACCAAGUGACAUCUUAGUCCCAAGACUAGAUUCUGCUAUCGAUGAUAUUAUAAGUUCUACUUAUCCCAACUUGGAGGCAUCAUAUUCAGACCCAACCUACCUGAGGGAAAGGGCUAUUAUAGCUCCGAAGAACGACACCAUCGACGAAAUUAAUAGCUGUAUUCUUUCUUUAGUUCCAGGCAAUGAAAAGGUAUACCUCAGCUCAGAUACAUUGGUUGAAUCCUCAAAGGAGAAUGGUAAUCUAGACUUGCUUUACCCUAUUGAGUUCUUAAAUUCGCUCCAAUUUAAAGGUAUCCCUCAUCACAAGCUUAUGCUUAAGAUAGGCUCCCCUGUCAUGCUACUGCGCAAUUUAAAUCAGAGCGCUGGCCUUUGCAAUGGUACACGUCUUAUAAUAACACAGUUAGGUGCUCGGGUAUUGGAGGCUCAAAUUAUAACUGGAUCACACAUUGGUGACAAGGUACUUCUUCCUCGGAUUGCCUUGCAUGUAUCAAGCACUAAAUGGCCAUUUGUUCUUAGUAGGCGGCAAUUUCCAGUUCGUUUGUGUUAUGCAAUGACCAUAAACAAGAGCCAAGGGCAAACUUUGCAGAAUGUUGGUCUAUACUUGCCACGCCCAGUUUUCUCCCAUGGUCAGCUCUACGUUGCUAUAUCACGUGUAACAUCUAGGAAGGGCCUUAGGAUCCUAAUUGACGAUGAUACAGACCCAAAUACCAAUGCUACCCAAAAUAUUGUCUACAAAGAAAUCCUCCGAUCUCUUUGGUAA